CUCCUCCUCCUCCUCCUCCUCCUCCUCCUCUUCCUCCCCCUCCAAAUCUCCGCUCAGCCCAAGCCCACAACCUGUUUGUCGCUCUCGUUCCUUCCUCCGCGCUCUCAGCCCGCGAAGCUGCGGCUCAGCUCCCCACCUGCCUCUCCUCUCCUUUCCCUGCCAUCUGCUCUUUCCCUCUUCUCCUCACCUUCCUCGUUCGGUUCUUUCCCUCCUCCCUCCUCUCACCGCCGCCUCAUCCAUCUAUCCAUCCAUUCCAAUCCAUCCACACCUUGUUCUUCCUCCAUCUCCUCUGCCUUCCUCUUAAUCCUUUCCACUCCCAUCCACCUUUCUCUGGCUUCCUUCUCCCAUCCGUCCCUCUCUCUUUUUUCCCACCUGCCUUCCAUCCAUCCAUCCAUUCCUCACCCUUUCCUUCUCUUUGACCACUCUUUCCUCCCUCCUCUUCCCAUCCCUUCCUCCCUCUGAAUCCCGCUUCUUGGUUUCCUUUCCUGGGCCUUUGGGGCACUUGGGCGCCUCCACCACCACCAUGGCUCUGCUGAGCUCCCCGACUGAGACCGAGUGCUUGACCAAGCCGCUCUUCUGCCGGAAGGGGGCCCUGCGCCAGAAGGUCAUCCACGAGGUGAAGAGCCACAAAUUCACCGCCCGCUUCUUCAAGCAGCCCACCUUCUGCAGCCACUGCACGGACUUCAUCUGGGGGAUUGGAAAGCAGGGGCUGCAAUGCUUAGUGUGCAGCUUUGUUGUUCACAAGAGAUGCCACGAAUUUGUCACUUUCGAGUGUCCUGGAGCUGGGAAAGGACCCCAGACAGAUGAUCCUCGAAGCAAGCAUAAGUUCAAAUCCCACAGCUACAGCAGCCCAACCUUCUGCGAUCACUGUGGCUCUCUUCUUUAUGGGCUGGUCCACCAGGGAAUGAAAUGCACCUGUUGUGAAAUGAAUGUGCACAAACGUUGCGUCCAUUGUGUGCCGAGUUUGUGUGGGGUGGACCACACAGAACGCCGGGGGCGCCUGAAACUCAGCAUCGAGACAUUUGGGAGCGAUGAGAUCCGUGUGACCGUUUUGGAAGCACUGAACUUGAUCCCAAUGGAUCCCAAUGGGCUCUCGGAUCCCUAUGUGAAAAUCAAGCUCAUUCCCGACCCUAAAAACCAGACGAAGCAAAAGACCCGGACAGUGAGAUCCACACUCAAUCCAGUAUGGAAUGAAACCUUCAUUUUCACCCUGCAGCCAGGUGACAUGGAACGGCGGCUCUCCAUUGAGGUGUGGGACUGGGACCGGACAACCCGCAAUGAUUUCAUGGGAGCCAUGUCCUUUGGGGUCUCAGAGCUUUUCAAGGGCCCGUUGGAAGGCUGGUACAAAUUGCUCAAUCAGGAGGAGGGCGAAUAUUAUAGUGUCCCUGUGGCUGAUGCAGAAAACUGUGGGCUGCUGCAGAAAUUUGAGGCCUGCAACUUCCCUCUGGAGCUCUAUGAGAAGGUUCGGCAUGGCCCCAUCCAGUCUCCAUCUCCAAGCCCUACAGAUUCCAAGCGUGGCGGAUUCUUUGGUACCAACCGCUUCCACAUCUCUGACUUCAACUUUCUUAUGGUGCUGGGCAAAGGCAGCUUUGGCAAGGUGAUGCUGGCAGAGCGCCGUGGAACAGAUGAGCUGUAUGCCAUUAAAAUCCUCAAGAAAGAUGUGAUCAUCCAAGAUGACGAUGUGGAAUGCACCAUGGUGGAAAAGCGAGUCUUGGCAAUGGGGGAACGCCCCCACUUCCUGACCCAACUGCACUCUACCUUCCAAACUGCGGAUCGGCUCUAUUUUGUAAUGGAGUAUGUCAAUGGAGGAGACCUGAUGUAUCACAUCCAGCAGGUUGGGAAAUUCAAGGAACCGCAUGCUAUGUUUUAUGCUGCAGAAAUCGCAAUCGGUCUCUUCUUUUUACAUAACAAAGGAAUUAUAUACAGGGAUUUGAAGCUGGAUAAUGUAAUGUUGGAUGCUGAUGGUCACAUUAAGAUUACAGACUUUGGGAUGUGCAAAGAAAACAUUUUCCCCGGCAUCACCACCCGGACUUUUUGCGGAACGCCUGACUACAUCGCUCCAGAGAUUAUCGCCUAUCAGCCGUAUGGGAAGUCUGUGGACUGGUGGUCAUUCGGUGUCCUUCUGUAUGAAAUGUUAGCUGGGCAGCCACCCUUUGAUGGAGAAGAUGAAGAUGAACUCUUCCAGUCCAUUAUGGAGCACACUGUCUCCUAUCCCAAAUCACUUUCGCGGGAGGCUGUCUCUAUCUGCAAAGGGUUCUUGACCAAACACCCACUGAAGCGCCUGGGCUCGGGGCCAGAAGGGGAGCGGGAUAUUCGGGAGCAUGCCUUUUUCCGUUGGAUGGACUGGGAGCGACUGGAACAGCUAGAAAUUGCUCCACCUUUCAUCCCCAGGCCAUGUGGCCGGAGUGGUGAAAACUUUGACAAAUUUUUCACACGGGCACCCCCUGCCCUGACACCCCCCGACCAGUUGGUCAUGGCAAGCCUUGACCAGAGCGAAUUCCAAGGGUUCACCUUCAUCAACCCCGAUUUUGUGCACCCUUCCACCUUGCGGCGUGGCAGCUUGUCCCCAACCGCGUUGCCCAUCUCCCCGACGGGGUUGCCCCUCUCCCCGACGGGGUUGCCCCUCUCCCCGACAGGCAUCCUGCCCUCCCCGACUUCCCUAGUGUGAGAAUGGAUCCUCUUGGUACCCUGGGAUACUCAACAUCCCUCAGUCAAGCCUUGCCUGUAGAACUCUGCUCCCAAGAGCAUGACUCCAGCUUGAAGCCCAGCCCUAACCCUGAGCUUAUACAACCUCUCAUCCAUUUGCAUUCUGUUGAUUGCCUCUUCUGGUGUGUUGCUUCCUUCCUCCUUUACCUCCCUUAGGUGAAUCCAAACUGGUGAGGUUAAGAAUGAAAGCACACACACACACACACACACAUACAGUCACUAUAUAUGUAUUUCUAGAGAAAUAAAGGUCAGCAUUCACUUGGGGACUUAAGUCUUUGUAAGUGGACUUGGGUCUGCAGGAAAUAGAAUUGAGCCGUUUCGCAGUGUCCGUACUCAGCAAGGGGUUGCCCUUAUGCAAUUUUGCUGGUGAGCCAAGCAAAAUGAAUGAAGACCAUUGCAUCAGGACCAAUGUGCAUCUGGACCAAUGCACAAUUGGUCCCAAUGCACAAUGGUGGAGAUUGGGACACUCUUGCCAAUGUCCUUUCAUGUAUCUUCACAAUUCACACCAGAGUUCCUUCGCAUCUCAGCUAUAUAGCUAAGUAUGUGAAAAGGCACUCAGUGUAGACCAUGAUAUAAUAUUCUGGCCAGUUACAGAAGUCCUUCCUAAGUUUCAGUGGAACCUUUUGAACAUCCCAAAGUUUCACUGAUGUUGUGUUAUCUCAAAUGCUGCGUAGCAUUCGUGUGUAAAUAUUCUGCAGUAACAUCAGUGCUCGCACCACAAAGGUAACCCACAACCCUGGUCUGUGAAGGUUUUCCCUGAAUGCCCCUUUUUAAAUGGCUAAAAACAAUAAAGACAAUAGUUUUGCUAAAAUCUAGAUUUAAAGGAACAGACAGAGCUAUAUUUGCUUUUUUUAAAAGAAGUGACAGGUAAAAUGGAUGAAAUCUGACAAGGGGUCACUCAGGACCUGGGCUUUGGCCUCAUUCCAAGGUUUUCCCCAAGGUUGUCUUUGGAAAAUGAAAUGAAUCGUGACCGUACUUCCAUGAAGUUGUGUCUUCACAACUGAGAUCCAACUCUGCAGCAGUCACUUAACUCUUCCUUUCAGAGGCCACGCCAUUUGGGAUUCUGUGAUUCCUUCUUUGACAGAGUGUCAUUUCUUCAGUAAGGGAUACAAUUAAAUUAGCAGAGUGCGGGCUUAACAAAUAAUCAAAAGACGAUCAAUGAUCACGCAUGCAGGUCUGUGAAUUAUUGUGUCAUUAAUCUAUAUCAUAAAGGAUGGAGGUCCGAGGUCAGUAUUUAGCUAACUGAACACCUCACAUGCCACACCAGCCUAGAAGUGCCCAAAUUUUCAUUCUAGUUUUUCAAAAAAAAAAAAAAAAAACAAGUGAAGAGAAUGUAUUAUUGCAUGUCAAAACAAAGCGCAGGGGGGCUACACAUUGUUUUAAAGCAAGAUCACAAAUCUUCAACAUUUUUACCCGUGGUGAUGGUCCACACUGAAGCGGUAUAGGAACCUCCUGUUUUGGUGUUCUUUGUCUUAGUUGCACAUAACCACCUUUCCCGAUGAGGUCCUCUCCUUGCAUGUUGGACUACAACCCCCAGUAUUCCCUGCCAGCAUGGUCAUCGGAGGGCACCUCUUCGUAGAAGAGUAGUGUCUGCGUAGGAUGAACCUUUCUUCAUAGGUUUUAUUAAAAUAUUCAGGGGUGAACUUUUGUAUGUUAAGUUAUAAUGAUUUUGUGUUCCCGUGAGGUCAACCUUUAAUUGGGAAAGUAUCAGGAAUCAACACUUCCCCACUUUCUCAAUCAAAUUAUCAUCCCAGUCGCUUCCUCUUACCUCUUCAGCGGUCUUUCCUUGUCCCGUUCCCAAAUAUGAAUCCUAAAUGUCCCAUCCAUGGUACUGUUUCAAGCCUCGUCUGCUACAGUGUAAUGACGUAAUCUCAAACUAGAUAUCUCUAACAAAGUAUCAGUCCCUAAUUCCUCCCCGUAAGGAUGCCUGACUCCUGUGAAAUCCCAUUCAACCCUUUCCUCGGCCCGUCCUCCUGGCUCUGGCUCCUCGCUCUGUGUGGCACAGUCCUCACCUUUUUGGGUCCGGCUGCCUCAGCCCCACUCAUUGACGCCUUUGCCUCGCUUCCUCAAACAUAGCUGCCCCCGUCAUCCGCUCAGCUGCUAAAAAACCCAAACUUUGCUAGGAAGUGAUGACAGCGACGGAGGUGGCGCUAGACUCCGAGGAGAAAAUAUUUCCCUUCUUCCAUUAACACAGCAUGUCCAAAUGCAAACUUUUUCUUAUAUUUGGUGCAUGGACUAUUAUAUGAAUACUAUACAUAUAUUUAUUUAUUGCGACGUACGUAUCUUCUGGAUUUUUGUCCUGCUAAGAUGGGCACCCAGCUGUCUACAUUUCUUCUCCCAAGCUGUACCUGUCAAGUUUCUUUCCAUGUUUAAAAUGAAGGUGUGGGCAACUCACGAUGGCACUUUCACCCCAAUUCCUGCAUUCUCCAGAACUGCCCACCCCGAUUGUAAUCCAUAAACUCAGACAUGGUUUUUCACUUUACUGUUUGAUGUGGGAAAGGCGUUCUGUCCAUUUUGAGCAGUGAAGGCAAGAAACAUCUUAUAACGUGAUCAAAACCUACCAGGAACAAAAAGUUGUCCCGAUGUGGCCAAUAUCAUUAUGUUGGCCAUGCUAAUUUAUUAUUUUAAAAAUACUAAGUCAUUGAGCUUGGUAUAACUCAAAGCUAAGCUGCAACGAGUCUUGGAUUUGGGGUAUAAAUAAAGUUAAUGAUAAGAUAGUAAUGUUGAUAAAACUUUCCAGGGAAAUUUUAGCUGUUGGGGGAAAAAAAGGAAUUGACUGAUAAUUGAGGCAGGAGGUUGAGAAGAGGAAGAAUCAGUCUGCUGGAAGAAUUUUUUGUUAGUUUGUGAAAAAGGAAGAUCUUGAUGUGUCUGGAUUGGUAGUCCCUCUUUGCGCCUUCUCAUCUUGAGGCUGAGGCUGGAUCUACACUGCCAAAUAAUGCGGUUUAAACUGGAUUAUAUGACAAGUGUCGACCAGGCAUGGGCAAACUUGGUCCCUCCAGGUGUUUUGGACUUCAACUCCCACAAUUCCUGUGGGAGUUGAAGUCCAAAACACCUGGAGGGACCAAGUUUGCCCAUGCCUGGUAUAGACUCAUAAUGCAGUUCAGUGGAAUUCAAUCUCCAAUAUAUGGGUUUCCAUUGAGCAUAUAAUGCAGUUCAAUCUGCAUUAUUUAGUAGUGUAGAUCCAGCCUGAAUUAAACCUUUGAUUCUGCACGAGAAACCAUGUUAUUCAGCCAGCUAUAUCUCCUCUAUGUGUCCUUUGUGUCUCUUGAUACAGCUAGCUGUAAAGUAUGGAUAGCAUGGCCAGGAAACUCCUAUACAUUUGGUCUGCCUGACCAAGGACUCCAAAGCUGGAGACGAUAAUGGAUAGUGGUUAGAUACAGCUCCAAAAGCACAGAGUCCCACCAGCCACUCAGGCUUGUAGUAUAGCAGGAGGAAAGGGCCUCAAACCCUAUGUAACUUUGGGCCUCCAUGGAGGGGAAGGGGACACAAUCAAAACUCUUGGACAGAGCUUGGAAAAGUUAAUGGUCUUCUUGGCAGAAUAUUGAGAAUUGUAAACCCACCCACUCCAAAAAAGGUCAUUAUUCGAACUUAGCUCCUGUAUUCAUGAACGCUGAUCAGUGUUAUUACAAAGACCAGAAAAGUGCCAGGAUGUUUUCCCAUCUGAAGACAUUGCUGUUGGAUUGUCUUCCCUGUGAUCUUCCCAGUCCUUGCAGCACAUGGGUCUUCCAUCAGUUUCCUGCCUCAGUCUUUUCUCUUUGCAAACUCCCCCCAUCACAGCUUGGGAAUAACAGACGUCUCCCACAUCCACUUCUCCCCUUUGGUUUGUGGUUCCCUGUAGCCAGUACCAUAGACUGAUCCACCUAUGCAUUUCAGUAUAAAAUAUAUUUAUCAAACCUA